CUAUGUCUGUUUUUCCAACCCACUCCUCCUCCCAGUUAAGUCCAAAUUCCAAAGUCAGAUCUCCAUUUCUCACUCCCAUCGACACCUUUUUUUGUUGUUCCACCCUCACACACUUACCACAUAUAUCUCAUUAUCUAUAGCCAUGCCUGAGGCUCCUAGCCACUACCUCUGCAACAACAAUAAUGAAGCACUGAAAUACAUUGAGGAUGUUACUAGCAACGCUGAUGAAAUUCAGAAAAGGGUCCUUGCUGAGAUCCUUUCCUCCAGUGCACAUGCUGAGUACCUUCAACGCCAUGGCUUAGAUGGCCGCACAGACAGACACACUUUCAAGAACAUCAUGCCUGUGGUCACGUACGAGGAUUUGAAGCCAGAUAUCGAUCGUAUAGCUAAUGGUGAUACCUCCCAAAUUCUAUGUUCCAAACCUAUUUCCGAGUUCCUCACUAGCUCUGGAACAUCUGGUGGGGAGAGAAAGCUGAUGCCAACCAUAGAAGAUGAACUUGAGAGAAGAUCAUUACUGUACAGCCUCUUGAUGCCAGUGAUGGACCAAUUUGUUCCAGGUUUGGAGAAAGGCAAGGGUAUGUACUUUCUCUUCGUAAAAUCAGAAGCCAAAACCCCAGGGGGGCUCCUAGCUCGUCCAGUUUUAACCAGUUACUACAAGAGUUCACAUUUCAAAAACUCUAAACAAAGAUACGAUCCCUACACAAACUACACCAGUCCCAUUGAAUCCAUUCUCUGCCUAGACUCUUACCAAAGCAUGUAUUCUCAGAUGCUUUGUGGACUUUCACAAAACGAACAAGUUCUUCGUGUUGGGGCCGUUUUCGCCUCAGGCUUCAUCCGUGCCAUCAAGUUCCUAGAAAAGCAUUGGGUGAGUUUGUGCCGUGACAUAAGAAAUGGCACCGUAGACCCAGAAAUCAGUGACUCGUCUGUGAGAGAGGCCAUCAUGAAGAUCCUCAAACCAAACCCCAAGCUUGCGGAUUUCAUCGAAGGUGAGUGCAAGAAGGAGUCUUGGAAGGGGAUCAUCACUAGGGUGUGGCCAAACACCAAGUAUGUUGAUGUUAUUGUUACAGGAACCAUGUCUCAGUAUAUUCCGAUAUUGGAUUACUACAGCAAUGGUCUCCCUCUUGUCUGCACCAUGUAUGCUUCGUCUGAGUGUUACUUUGGCCUCAACUUGAACCCUUUGUGUGAACCGAAUGAGGUGUCUUACACCCUCAUUCCCACCAUGGCCUACUUUGAGUUCUUGCCACUCGAAAAAACCAAGGGACAGACCAAUAUUUCUAUUUCUCAACCUGACCAGGAACGUUUGGUUGAUCUUGUGGAUGUGGAGUUGGGUCAAGAAUAUGAGCUUGUGGUCACCACUUAUGCGGGACUUUACAGGUACAGGGUUGGUGACAUACUCCGUGUAGCAGGAUUCAAGAACAAGGCACCACAAUUCAACUUCGUGUGCCGAAAGAAUGUGGUUUUGAGCAUUGAUUCUGACAAGACCGAUGAGGUUGAGCUGCAAAAUGCUGUGAAGAAUGGAGCGAAGCGUCUUGCAGAUUUCGGUGCAUCACUCACAGAAUACACAAGCUGUGCUGACACGUCCACUAUCCCAGGCCACUAUGUGCUGUACUGGGAGAUUAACACCAAUGAUGAGACCCCAAUUCCUGGUUCUGUUUUUGAGGAGUGUUGUUUUGCAGUAGAAGGGUGUCUGAACAGUGUUUAUAGACAAGGAAGGGUGUCAGAGUCGAUUGGAGCACUGGAAAUAAAGAUUGUGGAGAAUGGAACCUUUGACAAGCUUAUGGACUUUGCUCUGAGCCAGGGUGCGUCCAUAAAUCAGUAUAAGACACCUCGUUGUGUGAAAUAUGCUCCCAUUGUUGAACUUCUGGAUUCCAAGACAGUUUCCAGUUACUUCAGUAGAAAAUGUCCACAGUGGGUCCCUGGUCACAAGAAAUGGUGCAUGUUCCCUUGACUUCAAAUAAUGUAAUUUAUAUAGGCCAAGGAAACAUUGCUUUUAUCUUUUAUUUCUUGUAUUAACUCGUGGAAAACCCAUGUUGUUCCAUUAAUGUUGUAAGUUUCUUUUUUAUCUAAUAUAGUGUAAGAUCUUUCAUUUAA